GGCUCUUAGAACGCAGGCAGUGGCCGCAGACUCGAAGCGCGCUUGAUUCGGACACGCAGGAAUCAUUUAAUUGCUCUCUGCAAGCAAUUGCUGCUUACGCGAACGCCGCAUCUGCCCUACACAGGGAGAGCAGCAUGGCCUCAUUAGCUGGCUUUGCUGACGCCAAGCGCAGCACACCGGUGGCGUCCGAGCAAAAGCCAGCCACGACCACCACGCCGGCGCAGCGCUCCUCCGCACCGCUCGCCGGCUUUGCGCCUGCUGCAAAACCAUUGAGCGGUUUCGCGCCCGCCAAAAAGCCGGUCGCAAACGGCUUCGCCGCCGCCAAGCCGGUGCGAGCGCGCACGGGCGCCGCCGCGAUUCCGCCCGGGAGGGAUGGUGGCGUCGUCCCGCGCGGCCCGCGCCUGUCCGACAAGUGGGUGUCGGGCGGCAGCGCGCGAAAGGUCGUGGCGGCGCCGCGCGCUCCCUCGUCGCGGGACGUCUGCGACGACUGCGGCUGGCGCGACUGCCAGUGCGCGCACCGGAAGGUCGUGCGCGUCGUCCGGGCGCCGCUGCCCGCCGGUGCGGCCUGCCGCGUGUGCUUCUGCGGCGAGGAGGACGAGCCCCUCUGGCAGCCCUGCGCGUGCCGCGGCGAGUCGGCCUACGCCCACGCUUCUUGCUUGAGAAAAUGGGCCGAGAUGGCGACGGUGAGCACGGCCGCGUCGUACGAGUGCCCAACUUGCAAGACGCGGUAUACGGGCCCGACCGCCGUCGCGCUGGCCGUGGAUCGGGUGGAUUUGGAGUACGAUAGGUCUGGUUCCGACUCGCGGCACGCCGACGUCGCGUGCGCGAAUCUCGUCGUCGUGGGAUUGCGCGAGGGCACGACCAUCGACGCGGCGCUGUUGCGUCGGCAACUGCGCAAGGACACGCGGCGGGACCGCCUCGACUCCGUGCUCGCCUCCAUAAAGAAGUGCGAGCAAAAACGCGACAAGGCCAUCGAGGCGACGAAAGCGUCCCUGCUCGACGUUGAUGAAGGGGCUUUGCGCAAGAAAUGCGACGCGCCCGCGUCGACGGCCGCCGAGCAGCUCUCCCGCGCCGACUCGCGACUGGAACUAGCCUUCGUGCUCGCGGAGCGCUGCGUCCGGCGGCUCAACGACCACACUCGAUCUCGCGACGAGGAUCGGAAGUUGCAAGUCGCUGCAUCGGAGGCGUUAUCGCUCGCGCAAGCCGCGCAUGGGGACGUAAAGCGGAUACUCGGCCCGAAUCACGACGACACACGCCGCCACCUGCGCUGCGUCGGCCGCCUCCACGCUCUCGAUAAGCAUCUCCGCGAGGUGAACGCGCAGCGGGCGAAGCGCGAGAAUUUGGCCGAGCGGCUGGCGCGCGUGGAUUGUUAGGUUAAACUUGUACACACUAUCACACUUAGUAGUAACCACAGUGGGCCCAGAGCUUCACGAUGUGACGGACGACGUCUGCGUUAAGAUGCGG